AUGAGGCACACAAUACCUCGUCUGCGCAAUACACUGUGGGCCAAGAAUGUACGAGUGGGUAAGCACUUUUACGAGCACGUAUCAACGGGUUCGUGCGUCGGCGCCGUCUGGCAGUAUACGAAGGAGCUUGUAAGAUGUGUGGUCCGUCGACUGGUCCCGGCAGAAUUGAAGAGAACGUUUGGCAACGCCAGGAUCGUGUAA